AAAUCACAGAAGCAUCAUACUGGUGCAAAAAAAAAAAAAAAAAUCAAAAUCAAAAUCCGACAUCUCAAAUCUUUGAACCAAAUCCUUCGUCUACUUCUCCAAUUUCUGCUUCAAUGGAAGUUUGAUUUGUUCAGGGACUGCAUUAGUUUCUCAUGGACCCUGAAGUAGUCGAUUCUGCUGUUGGGACUGCCCUUGCAAAUGGCGGUCUAACCAAUGAGGUUAUCGCUGCCAGUGAAAAGGGAGAUGUUUCCGAUUUGUUAAAUGGAACUACUGGUGAAGUCUUGGAUGUUGCAUCCGAAAACCCGAAUGAAAACUCAGGAAGUUGUUCCAACUUUGUGAUUAGCAAACACCCGAAGGAAGCAUCCGUGGAAACACAAGUUGAAAAUUCGAGUGAUAAAAAGCAUUCCAGAGAACAUAAGGCUCAAGGUAAAAUCAAGGGUGAGAAGUCCUCUGGUGGAAUGAACGUGUCAUCGGCCUCAGUUAAGAAGAACAAUGAGAAAAGAGCAGAUGCAAAGGUGGCUGGGUCAAAUGGUUCUGCUGCUCCAAAUGCUCAUACAACAAAGUCUCUCAAGAGCAAAUCCUUUAAUGAUAGACAGGCUCUUGCCACGAAGCAUGGAAAGCAUGACGCGGUGCCAACUGAAGUCACCAGGGACAAGACCAAACUGAAGCCUCUGAAGAAGCAAUCCCAUGAAACAUCUGAAGGCGAUUCUGAGUCUUCCAAAAGUCCGAAAGCAGAAGAUGGCAAAUCUCGCAGAGUUGGUGCCCUUCCAAAUUAUGGAUUCAAUUUCAGAUGUGAUCAACGGGCCGAGAAAAGAAGAGAGUUCUAUUCCAAGCUUGAAGAAAAGAUUCAUGCAAAAGAAUUGGAAAACAAUGACAUGCAAGCCAAGUCCAAGGAAACACAAGAAGCUGAGAUUAAGAUGUUAAGGAAGAGUUUGAACUUCAAAGCAACCCCCAUGCCCAGCUUUUACCAAGAACCUCAGCCACCUAAAGUUGAGCUAAAGAAGAUACCGCCAACAAGACCUAAAUCUCCAAAGCUAGGGCGAAAGAAGACUGAAGAAACCAAUGAUCAAACCCCUCGAAUCGGUAGGCUGAGUUUAGAUGAGAGAGUUUCCAAAGAUAACUCGGCAGGUGUGAAGGAAAUUCUUGCAGUUGACCCCAAGAAGCUAUCAUUUCGCAAGUCACUUCCGAGGUUGCCUUCUCAGAAGACGACGAGUCUUGUCAACCGGAGGAACGAGGGAAAAGCCGAACCAGCAAAAGCUAACGCAAACCCGAUGAAAGCAAUAUCCAAAGAGAAGAAACCCGAGAAAGAUGCAGAUCCGGCCGACCCGUCUUGUCCCAAUAACACUUCCGCUGUUCCAUCAUCUGACCAAGACCAAGCUCCAACAACAGAUUCAUCCAAUGAUCAAACUCCAAUGGAAGAAGAUAAAGCUGAGUCUCCUGUCGCAUUGCAAUCUGUUACAGUCGAGCAUUGAACUCAGCGGGUACGGUUACUUUCCCUCGAAAUCUCUGAACCUCAAUUCUUGCAUAAACUGAGGAGCUCAUGAAAGAAGAAAUCAUAUCGAUCAAACUUGCGGGAAAUGGAGAAGAAGAAACGAAAGAGAAUCUGGGCAUGAAGUUUGUGUGCAGGUGGUGCGUUUUAUUCGUGCUUCGACAGAUUGCGCUGCUUAUUUAUACAUAAAUAUAUGCUUUCAUUGCAUUUUUCGUAAGCAUCAAUGGUGUUGUGUUAUGUUUGGUUGUAAUGCUUAAAUUAUGUUGUCGUUUGAUGAAGCAUCUUUUUUUUUUUUAAAUAUCAUUAUGGUAUUUUGUCAUAUUUCACUGGUCUACCUGUAUUUAGGUAAAAAUAGAUUUGAUAUUGUUGGGUGAUCUUCCUUAGGGGAAGUCUGGAUAUAUCAAAUUAGGGAUCAUUUCA